UUUGAGUUUGUUUGUGAAGAAAAGCAAAAAUGGCGACAGUACCAUUGUUCAGCCAAUUCUCCUGCAAAACCCUAAUUCCAAGCUCAUCAAACGCUAAACCACAGUCCAAAGCUCCGAUUCAAGUCCCGGUACACUCAAUCAAUCGGCGAUCGGAACUUGGGAUCUCUGUUCACCGGCCGGAUUUCAAAGUCCGAGCCACGGAUAUCGAUGACGAAUGGGGCCAAGACGGGGUGGAGAGAGUAAUCGCUUCAUCGUCGCCAGUAUCUGUGGCGGAGAAAGAAGCAGAUGAUGCAAUCGAAUCCGUGGAGGAGACGGAGAGGCUUAAGAGAUCGCUAGUGGAUUCGUUGUACGGAACAGAUCGAGGUUUGAACGCGUCGAGCGAUACGAGAGCUGAGAUCAGUGAGCUUAUUACGCAGCUCGAGUCUAAGAACCCUACUCCAGCUCCUAACGAAGCUCUGUUUCUCCUCAACGGCAAAUGGAUUCUCGCCUACACAUCGUUCGUUGGUCUGUUCCCAUUGCUCUCACGCAGAAUCGAACCUUUGGUUAAAGUAGAUGAGAUCUCACAAACCAUUGAUUCGGAUAGCUUCGCCGUUCAAAACUCUGUUCGGUUUGCUGGUCCGUUUUCAACAACAUCGUUUAGCACCAACGCUAAGUUCGAAGUCCGAAGUCCUAAACGUGUUCAGAUUAAGUUUGAGCAAGGUGUUAUUGGGACUCCUCAGCUAACGGAUUCGAUUGAAAUCCCGGAAUUCGUCGAGGUUCUUGGUCAGAAAAUCGAUCUUAAUCCCAUUAAAGGAUUACUUACAUCGGUCCAAGACACGGCUUCAUCUGUGGCUAGAACCAUCUCAAGCCAACCACCGUUGAAAUUCUCUCUGCCUAGCGACAACACGCAGUCAUGGCUGCUCACAACUUAUCUCGACAAAGACCUUCGGAUUUCGAGAGGCGAUGGUGGAAGCGUCUUUGUUCUCAUCAAAGAAGGAAGCUCUCUCUUAAACCCUUAAAAUCAUCAUUACUCACAUCACAUAUAUUAUAACAUAUAUAGUAGUAUAGAACCAUUUGUCUGUGUUUAGUAGUGUUGUAACUGUUAUAUAACUUCUUUACCUGUUGGAGAGUGAUAAUAAUGUAUGUUACUCUUAGAAUCUUAUAUUCAAUAUAUUUACAUUGAUACAUCA